AUGGCAAAGACAGGUCAAGAUGGAUACCAGGGGGCUGUGGAACGGAUUAAAGGACUAGGGGGUUAUUUGAAAGGUAUAAAAACCACCAGGUGUCGGCCAGAACCUACAGAAAAGACAAGGACUCCUUCUCUACUCACAACUCACAAUACUUUGCAAUGUUCCCCCGCCUCCUUCGCUGUCCUGGCAGCAGCCACGCCCCUCGACGUUCGCCAAAGCCAGUGCAACGGCGGCACCACCUAUUGCUGCAACAGUGUGCAAGAUGCCAGCUCGUCCGGGGUGACCAGCCUCCUGGGGCUCCUGGGCCUGAGCCUUGGUAGUAUAACUGGCCAAGUCGGCCUCAACUGUAGUCCCAUCACCGCGCUCGGCGUGGGUUCGGGUGCUAGUUGCACGUCGCAGGCCGCAUGCUGCACAGGCGACUCAUUCAACGGUCUCAUCAACGUUGGCUGUACCUCUAUUAACCUUUCCCUGUAA